CCGGGCCCCCCGACCCGCUCGCCUCACUCACCCGCCGCAGAAACUCCCGCCCCGACCGGAGCGGCCCGCACGACUCCCCCGCGCCCCGCUCGCUAGCGGCGGCUCCGCCGGGUCCUUACGCCGCCUUCCGAGCGCCACACUGAGGGGAGCGGAACGCGCUGAGGAUUGGGCGGCGAGGCCUGUGCAGGGCCCAGGCGAGGAGGGAGCGCGAACACAACCACCCCCCCACACACAAGGGCAAGGACUACAACUCCCGGCAUCCCCCACGGCGCCACCUUCCACCCGCCAAUCAGCGGGCGCAGGAGGCGGGACUUCGCUGAGACUUAACGGCCGGGUUAAUGGCCUAGGUUUCUCUGGCUCGGAAGUAGAUCUGCUCAUUUCCGCUGCUGAAACCCUCUGCGAGUUCAUCAUGAUUCUCCAACAGCUAUUCAGGUUUUCCUCCAUUUUCCGCUCUGCCAUCUCAAUACACUUGCGUAGGAACAUUGGCCUUUCUGCUAUAGUGUUUAAUAAGGCGAAGGAACUUGAUCCAGUUCAGAAGCUCUUUAUAGACAAGAUCAGAGAAUACAACAUGAAGAGCCAGAAAGCUGGUGGUCCAGCUGAUGUAGGCCCUGAAUACCAGAAAAACAUGGCUGAAGAAAUUGCCAAAAUUCAGCGGUUAUAUGGUGGGGGAGACCUGACCAAAUUUCCAGACUUCAAAUUUGAGGAGCCCAACUUUGAAGAGUCUCAAAAAUGAUGUGGUUGGCGUCUGCAUUCCAAGCACUAGUGUCAUCUUUCUCACGGAGUUGUUAAAUAGGCCAGCAGUUGUAAUUUAAUGUGGGGUUUCACUUUCAAAUACUUGUUUGACUUCUGAACUCAAUACAGUACAAGUACAACAUGAUUCUUGUGAACUGCCCUAUUCAUAAAAUUCACUUUUGGAAAUCAAAUAUAAAGUGCUCAGUCUUUUA